AUGCCUCAAGCGGUGGAGAAACCGGUCAUAACUCUCCGCAACGGCGCGUUGAAAGCGCCUAAAAUGAAAAAGCCAGACGAGGUGAAGAUAUGUACGACAACCAACACACGAUGUGUUCGCAAAUCCGCUUCAUCGGAAGCCGUCCAGCCCACGUACGCUGAUGUUCAUCCCUACUGCGGGAAAGUGUGCAAGAAUUUGGGCAGCUGGAUUUUUGAUGAUGAUAGGGAAUUUGUUCACAGCGACUCAAAAACUUCAGGGGUUCUGAAGGAGUUUGCCUUCUGCCAAGUUCCACCACCUAUGGCAUGA